GUCCUCUGUAGAUCACGUGAUGCGUCCUUACCUGACAAUCCACUCGCUUCCCAGUCAAUCUGCCCUCCCUAAACAAGAACAAAAACGCGCUCCGCCUCCUCUCAUAAUCAUGGAUUAUGCUCUGGCAUUUUGCUAUCGAGGAUGCUAAGACAUAUCUAAGAAUAGGGAAAAUAUGUAUCCUCACAUCCCCAACCCCGAGAGUCGGGACACACUCAAUUUCCCACCAUACAACCAGCACCCGCCAAUGGAUGCUGAGGAGGAGGAUUCGGAAGAUGAUUCAAACCUCGUGGUAAUACCAAUUAAUCAAACUUUUAGUGAUGGUGAUCCUGCACAAUGGCCUACGGAGGAGCGAUUCCAAAGACCAGACGAUAGUUUCUAUCGGCUGAAAUUGGCAGAUAUGUGGUUGAAGGAGACUGGUGCAUAUGAAAAUGGCUUGAUCUAUAUCCUUGAUACUUUACCAGCUGGUUACGCUGUCUUUGACCGGCCACGAGGAACGAAUCCAAGCAUCCGUGAUAGAUUUCUUUACGGUCAUCCAAUUGGGCAGUAUUUUUCUUCUAUCAAAGUCUUUUUUCCACAUUUCUACUAUUUGAUGACCGGGGGUACAUCAAAAUGUCCAUGUGAGCUCUGCAUAAAGUUAGAGAAGCGUCAGAAAGGCUCGAUCAUGGGCGCUCGACGCGGUAGACCACCCGGACCCUCUAGACCUGUCGGGAGGCCGCCUGGGACCCCAACGGAAUCGCCAAUGGGAACACCGACCUUUAGGUCGUCUGGCAGGCCUCGAGGUAGGCCUCCAGGAAGACCAGCAGGGCGAUCCUCUGUUUUGGGGCCUUCAAGACCUCUCGGAAGGCCCAGGGGCAGGCCCUGGCACUCAAGUGUUGACAGUGAAGGCACGCCGGACGUGUUCAAACUGGCCGUGGUGAAGCUCAAGCAUACGACGACCGUGAACCAAAAAAUUACUGAGAUGUCAAGCAUGGACUGGAGAGCCGAGAGAUCAGCCAUUGUGGAGUAUCUAGAGGUACUGGACAUGCGCCCUUCGUACCUACCUCGCCUUGGAGAACUCGUUCUUUGGGCUCCCGAAUUUGAUGGAGACUUGGCCUGGAAUCCAAAGACACAGAGCAUACAGAUUUAUUCUCCAGUCAAGAAUCAAUGGCUCAAAAGGCCCGACUGGCGUGUCGGAGUUGUUAGUCAGAUUCCCACAGAAGAUACGGUACUUCAGGACCUCGUGGAAACCACUGAAAAGAAAUGGGGCUUGAACUACUCUGGUUUUCGCGUUGAGACCUUGCCGGAUCCGAACAGCGCCGACAAGAGCUAUUCACUACAUUACAGUUACGUGCCCUUGAAAUGUGUCAAGCCCCUCAACGCAUUUGAGCUCUUUCUUCAAGGAAUUUCUCGCGAACAGCUUCACCCUUCUAUUGAGAACGCCAUGACUAUCAUGUCAUCCUUUAGUUUGCUUGACAAGUAUCACUUCCGCGGUACAUGGCCCAAUGCUUCAGUAUGUUGCCGAGGCAUAUUUAUUGGAGCUGAACUCGUUGCCCUCGGGGAUGCCAUUCGCCUCAAACCAAAGGGCUACAAGGCAGGGAGUGAACAAAAGCCACCAGUUACGGACGUGAUGGUGAUUAGCGAAAUUCGACUUGAGCUCAUUCAGUGCGAUGAAGACGUCAAAUCUAAACAGCUUGCGGAAGAGUACAAGGUUCGCAUAUCUGGCAAAGUGUAUACCCCUGACAUUGAGCGGGCUCAAAUAUCAAACAACGGACGACCGGCUCGAUCUCUCUCACCCCAUGAAGUGGUGGAUGUUUUCAACAAUGUUGGGAUGAGUGGCUAUGGCGACUGGUAUGAGCUAUUCUCCGGGUCGACCGUGGACAUCUCUCAAGACAUGGUCCUCGGUCGAUGUUACGAGCCGGACGCUAUGAAGCUACUAUUCAAUUCACUAUCGCUAGAUUACGACUUGCAGGGAGUUGUGAGCGGAAGAGAAUAUUCACGAAACGCGGACCAACGAAUACCAGAAGGAAAACACUGGUUCUGGGGCGAUUUUCGAACACAAACACUGGCCAUCGACACUCUAAACGGUGAAGAUGUCGGCCACUACAGCGAAGCCCGAGACGUGAAGAUGUGGCGGGCGAAUCUAAAGAUUCUAGAUGGCACCGCCACUCAAGCGGAUCUUCGAGACGCUAAGCAGCCCGGCGACCUCGGACGGCCCUCAGUGAAACCGCGCAUCUCCGGGCUCGCUGAGGUAGGCAAAACGAGCAAGCUUGUUAGUGCUGGUCUCGGGGCUGUAGACACGAGCAACCCAGUGAGCUCCGUGGAGGAAGAAUCCGGCAGUGCAUCAGAAGAGGUGGAAGAGCGCAGAUAUGAAGGGGAGGCUGAGCAGGAAGAAGAAGAGGAAGGAGGAGACAACGGAGAAAGCCAAAGCAGCGACGAGCCUGAAGAGACCUUUGAAACACGCAUCGAAGAGCUUCGUGGCGGCACCGAGGAAACGGAAGGAGGCGACUAUGUUCCUGACAGCAGCCAGUCGAGUUUCAAACGACCGAGACAAGAUGAUCUUGAAGACGAGAUCCGCACGCAGAACAUGCUAUGAAAUAUCCCCAAUAGAUGGAUGCUUAGACGGGGGGAUCUAUAAUCCCGCAAGCUCUAUAAUGCAGCGGCACAGGUAUUAGCCUGCAUAAUCUACAUCAGACCAAAACAAGUCAGCGCCUGAAUUAUACCAGGAUGGGUAUGGUGAUGUUUCCAACGGGUGCCCAAGGCUCCUGCCUUCUUUAGAUAGCUGUUCACCAUCCUCGCUCCUUCCUUUUCAGUUAGCCUCUGUUUCCAUGGGAACCUACGGUAUCUCCGGUCCAGCUGGAUAAUCUCCGGGUAUCAAUUAUUGAGGGUUUCUAUACCGGGUGAAAAAGUAGUUAUCAAGGAGUAAAUUUGGCGGGGAGUAUUUCAACAGGUUGACCAAAAGGCUUAUAUCAACUAUGCGCAUGUACAGGCCCAAUGACAUCUUACCAAAAUAUACAGAUUCAUCCUUUGCCUCAUACCUCAGUAUGUCCUCUUGACAACUUCGCUCGCAAAAUCGGCAAACGUCUUCCCCUCCUCAACCUCCUCCCCCAAAUUCGGCUGCGUAAACACAGCCAGCGUAUUCCUCGCAAUCUUCCCCUUUCCCUUGGGAACCCUGGCCCCCUUGACGAAAUGCGGUACAGCCCGGAACUUCCCCUGGGUGAUAAGCUGCAGCGCUUCACCGGUCUGGAAAGCAAGGCAGUCCUUGGGGAUAUUCACCUUGACAACAUCACCCGUCCGCGACUGGAUGUAUAACCCGGCCUUGGGAUCCGGUGACGCCUGGAGUUCGGGGAGUGGUUCUGAGGAAGAUGCAGGUAGAGGCGGGUUCGCAGCCUCGUCAACGAACAUCGCCGAUGUGAGGCCUGUAAGACAGCCAUGGUCGAGGUGUGUUGCGCACCAGUCGUCGUCGUCCCCUUCUUCUUCUUCUUUUUCUUCUUCUUCUUCCUCCUCCUCCUUCUCUGCACCAUCCUUCACACCACCAUCCGCCGUCGGGAAAUAAUGCAACAACCUCGCCUUUGUCGUCAGACUCGACUUGACAACCCUCUCGAGAUAACCAGUCUUAUACCCCCCAAUAUUCCCCUCGGCAUAGCGAUCACAAGCCCUCGCAACAAGCACCGCCGUAUCAAUAAUCAGCCUACACAGCUCCUCCAGCCCGCUGCGGAAAGUCGGCAACUUCUCAACGUCCGGCCAGACAUUGUCCGCGGUGUAUUCGGGGAAGUCGGGGAACCCUUCGGCGGGAGCGCCGUUUAGCGAGGGGUCGUGGUAGAAUGCGCAGUUGACGUAGUAGGAGCCCUUGAGUGUGUCGAAAUGGCCGGAGCGGAGUGUUUCUUUACCGCAGGACCAGCCGACAAGGUAUUUUGCUUGUGGG